AAAGCCCAUCAUUUUUUAAAGAAUUGUAGGUUGGCAGCAGUCGGGCGUUGACAUCUGAAUCUCCGAUACUAUGCCCGAUGAGUAUGUGUAUUUCUUGACAGAAGUGUCCAGAAAACGUUAGUUCGCGCGGUGUGAGUCGGCUUUAUUUUACAUUGCGUUCGGCUUCAUAUAGUAUGCAACUUAUUUUUUCGCAACAAAAUGUCUAUUAAUCUGGCGAAAAAUAAGGAUUCGCUAGUCGCAGCUUGGCAAAGCGUGGUUAACGACAAGUCGCCAGUCAACUGGUCUGUAUUCAGUUAUGAAGGCCAGACUAACAAUCUGAAAGUAGUUUCCACUGGUGAAGGAGGAUUGGAGGAGAUGGUUGAAGAACUCAAUAGUGGACUUAUAAUGUACGCUUUUUGUCGCGUUAUCGACACUAAGACUAGUUUACCAAAAUGUCUUCUUAUUAAUUGGCAAGGAGACGGAGCUCCGAUUGUCAGAAAGGGGACAUGCGCAAAUCAUAUACGAGACAUAGAGCAUUUACUGAAAGGAGCACAUAUUACAAUAAAUGCACGAUCGGAAGAAGAAGUGGAGGUCGACCUAAUAAUGGAAAAACUAGCGCGAGCUACAGGAUCUGCUUAUAAGUUUAAUGAACCACGCGGAGAAAACGGUGGAGGACAUGCUGCCCCCGUUGGUACAACAUAUCGCAGAGUGAUUCCGGCACAAGAAAUAAAUGCAAGUGAACGUGAUAAAUUUUGGCAAAAGGAAGAAAUUGAAGAAAAGCAACGGUUGGAGCAGGAACGCGCACGAAGUGAACAAAGCCGUCAAAAGCUAGAACAAGAAAUUAGGAUGCGAGAGGAGAAAGAGAGUCAGAUUAGAGAACAAAAGAUAACCGUGAAGGAGAAUUUAGUCGAUAAGCACAGAUUAGCAGAGCAGCGUUCUGAAGAAUUAAACAACAUCCGCAAUCAAAAAACAACUAAAAAUUCACAAAACAGCGACUCCGACGAUGAACCUAAAUCUCGAAGUGAGGAAUUGCGACGUGAACGCAGUAAAGAAGCCCAACAAUUAAUUGCUCAAAGAACUAUCAAUGCAAGGGCUAUAUUUGAACAAAACACGAGCGCCGGUCAAUUAAAAAUGAUUCAUGUUAAACAACAAGUCGGACAUAAGGGUAGUAGCGUGGAGGCUGCAAGAAAGGCAAUUGAAGAAAGUCAACGAAGAGAAGAACCAGUGAAAGUGCAGCCGGAUAUUGUAAAAGCACAGCUGAAGAAUCAAGAGCCGCCAAUCAGCAAUUCCAGCAAUUUGGCACAGAAGAAUGAGGAAGUCGUAAACAAAAUACAGCAGACGACAAAUCAAAUGAAUGAAAUAAAACAAGAAAUUUCAGGAAAUCAAGUAAACCAUCAAGAACUGAGCCAGUUAAAUCAAUUGAAUCAGAUAAAUCAAGUGUAUCAGGUAAAUAAAGUGAGUAAGGUAAAUCAAGAGAACCAGGUAAAUCAAGUACAAACCGAAGUAACACUCACAACAGUCGAAGAAGUAGAGAAUGAAUUAUACAACCAGUUGGAAAAAGAAUACCUGUAUCUCGAUCCUAACAAUGAAGGAAUGAAAGCGCGAGCCCUCUACGAUUAUCAAGCUGCGGAUGACACUGAAAUUACCUUCGAUCCUGGUGAUAUCAUCACGCAUAUCGAUGCUAUUGAUGAGGGCUGGUGGCAAGGACUGGGGCCUGAUGGGACCUAUGGUCUCUUCCCAGCCAAUCACGUAGAAGUAAUUGAAUACAACUCUACACGAUGAAGAUUGUUGAUUUUCCUGGUUUAGUAAUUCUUGUUCAAGUCCGAUAAUGAGAAAAUCCCAACCAACCAUUUUAUCCUCUAUGGUUCAGCUUAUAAUAUAAGAACGCUUGUUGCAUACUGCGGUCUUCAGUAUUCAGGUUAAAGAGUAUAUCUCAUCACAAGUAUUAUUAGGCACGUUUUUAUACGGAGAUGUCAUUUUGCGUAGGACGAAUAGUAAAACCAUGGCCGAACACUAUGGUUUUUCUAGUCGUCCUUGCUAACAUUGAAUUCCACGUCAAGAAGUGUGUAACCCUACGAGUGGUGUAUAUAUAUAUAUAUAUAUAUAUAUAUAUAUAUUAGGGUGGUCCAAACAACGCUUUUCGA